GUGCUUUCAGAGUACAUAGAAAUUUAGACAUUUAAUAUUUUUGAACAUAUCCUUUGUUAUUGCAUGUUAUUAAUAUUUUCACUUUCUCACUGCUUCAGGUAGAUAAAUGAAAUUCUACAAUGGGUUGGUUUGUCAAUGAGUUUCCAAAGUAUCUAGUUCUAUUUAUCUGGUUUGCAAUAAAUGCUCUUUUGUUUGCAUUGAGCUACAUUAAAUUUGAUACGGAAGAUGAAUUUUAUUACUUGAAGUACAUCAUUAAGUCGGGACUACCUGUUGCUCGUGGAUCAGCGGCAAUGCUUAAUUUUAACUGUAUGCUCAUCCUUUUACCAGUGUGCCGAAACCUGUUGUCAUUAAUAAGAGAUAUUCCUUGUUUGCCGCAUGCUGUUGGUCGGAUUUUAGAUAAAAAUAUUACUUUUCAUAGAUGUAUUGCGUACAUGAUAUGUUUUGCAACAGCAUUACAUGUUGGCUCGCAUGUUUUUAACUUUGAGCACCUUCUUAACAGCCUGAACGAUCUAGACGCAACUACUCAACUUUUAAAUAAUCUGAGAGAUACUAACACAACCACUCGGUUAAAUCCUAUUAAGAAAGGUGAUAGUCUGGAUCCAGUGGUUGAGUUGCUGCAAACUGUUGCAGGUAUAACUGGAGUUAUCAUAACGUUGUCUUUGAUAGUCAUGGUGUCAUCAUCAACAGAGUUUAUCAGGCGAUCUUAUUUUGAAGUGUUUUGGUUUACGCAUCAUUUGUUCGUUGUGUUUUUCAUUGGCUUGUUUUUACAUGGAUUCGGAGAACUUCUGCGAGCACAGACUAAUGUUGAUGCACACAAUCCAGAGAAAUGUGUUACGGGAUGGAGCGUACCAGAGUGUCAAACGCAUCCUCAAUUUAAAGCAGAAGGACCACAAACAUGGAAAUGGAUCGUCGUUCCCAUGGUGAUUUAUUUCAUCGAAAGAUGCAUUCGAUUUUAUCGUUCGUUCCAAACUUGCGAAGUGAAAAAGGUCGUAAAACACCCUUCCAAAGUGGUCGAGAUUCAAAUGCGAAAGCCUGGUUUCCAUGCGGAUGCUGGACAGUAUAUAUUUCUUCAUUGUCCUGCUAUCUCACGAUUGGAAUGGCAUCCCUUUACAUUAACAUCGUGUCCAGAAGAAGAUUUUUUCAGUGUUCAUAUUCGUGUGGUUGGUGAUUGGACCGAGGCACUUUCAAAAAGUUGUGAAGAAAACACAGAUAGUGUGGAUGUGUCGAAAAUUCCAAGGCUGGCAUGCGAUGGACCAUUUGGAACUGCUAGCACGGAUGUGUUUCGUCAUGAAACAGUCAUCUGCGUUGGUGCUGGAAUAGGUGUCACUCCGUUUGCGUCAAUAUUAAAGUCAAUUUGGUACCGCCAUCAGAAAUCUCACAAUGACUUGGUUAUAAAGAAAGUAUAUUUUUAUUGGAUUUGUCCAGAUACAAACGCGUUUGAAUGGUUCGCCGACCUUCUACAAUCUUUAGAAACUCAGAUGACAGAAAGAGGGAUGACUGGAUUUCUUGAGUACCAUAUUUAUCUGACGAGAGGAUGGGGGACUGGUGACGCUCGCAACAUUGUACUUCAUGAAAGUGAUUCUACAGAUGUUAUCACUGGUCUUCAACAAAAAACAAAUUUUGGAAGACCAAACUGGGAUCAGAUUUUUGUACAAACUGCUGCAAAGCAUAAAGGCCAAAAUGUUGGUGUAUUCUUCUGUGGUCCCGCAGUUUUGUCCCACACGCUGCAUAGAAUGUCGAACAAACACAGUAAUGACACAACCAAGUUUUAUUACAACAAAGAAAAUUUUUAACUCGUAUGAUGUACCGACAAUACCACGAAAACAUAAAUUAUGUGGAUUAGGAUUUCUUUAAACACGGUACAGCUUGUUUUAUAAAAAAACAGUGGUUUGUAGAUAUUAUGAUCUCGAUGUUUUUGUGUGUUGUUUCUAAGCAAAAAAUUUACCGUUUCCUUAUUUUGUCCUUAUUUUUCGGCCAUAUUUAGCAUCGUUUUUUUAAAAAAAUUGUUAUAAAAAAGUGUGUCAUAACAUUUAAAAGCAGCUUCCUAUCCUCUUUUAAAUGAUUAGUUACAUUUAUUUUUUGUAAUUUUAUCACAACUAGUGGUUCAAGUAAACUUUUGAUUUCAACUUUCGAAGUUUCUUUUUGAGCAGGGAAAAGUACACACAGUUUUUUUCAUAUAUUGAGGUGUGUCAAAAUCUCUUCGUUACAGGUUUCCACUAUGUAAGGAGUGUGAGAGACUUUGAAAAUAAAUGUAUGACAGGAAUUUUAAACUCUCCACCAAGUCCCUGUAAUGCAUAUGUUUUCAUUUUAAUAUAAUAUUUUUCAAUAUUAGUUUUUAUCUUCAGGUUGUAUUUUUUCAUUUUUUUUUCUUUUUUUCUUCUUAAACAGUGAGCUAGUUCAUUAACCGUAACUAUAAGAAAAGGUAGGCUCUUAGUUUCUUUGCUUAUAAAACUUAUAGUUUUUUCUCCCAAAUUAGGAGUAGAGAAAGAAUCGCUAUAAAAUUUGAUAUAGUUCAUUGAUUUAUCUCCAUAAUAUCCUUUUCUCGCAAGCCAAAUAUAAAUUAUCUCGUAAACAGAUAUGAUAGCCUACAAAUUUUCUUUGGAAAUCUAUAUUAUAAUACCCGUAUACGUCUGUCCGUCCGUCCGUCUGUCUGUCACGAAAAAUGGUAGCUUGGCUGCGACGGACUAACGACUAGUAUACAUAAAUGUUCUUUAAUUAAUGUUCUAAUAUAUGUAUAUUUUUCAGCUGUUUUAUAUUUUUUGUACCUUACAUUAAUUUAUAUAGCAUUUAUAUUUUGUAUACACUUUUAUAUUAUUUUUGUAUCACCAAGUAAUUUUUGUAGAAUAAAUUUGUAACUUAUUCA